UUCUGCGAGUUUGAUAGCAAGCGCAAAUGUCAAUGGCGGGCAUCGUUCGUGUAAACUAGAAAUUUAUUGGUUUGUAUCGUAUUGUGCACAGGCAUUGUACACAACAGAAUGACUAUGGAAUGUCCGGCUCUUCCAAAGGGAUGGCGUCGAGAAGAGAUAGUCCGGAGGACAGGGCUAUCUUCUGGGAAAGUGGACGUCUUCUACUACAGCCCAAGUGGAAAGAAAUUCCGAAGCAAGCCCCAGCUCGCCCGCUUCCUAGGAGAUGCAAUUGAUCUGAGCACGUUUGACUUCCGCACGGGAAAGAUCAACAGCCUUCUUCUGCGUAAGAGUCGGAGGCAGCGUGGAACUCAGUUCGACUAUAGCCGGGGAAUUCGAAACGAUGCUUCACUGGUGCCACCAAUUCGACAAACUGCUUCCAUCUUCAAGCAGCCUGUCACAGUCGUGCGCUCACAGGAUGGGAAAGUGCGCACAGAUUUCAAACAUGGGCCACAGGACAAGCCGAAACAGUUGUUCUGGGAGAAACGACUUCAAGGUCUGCAAGCCUGUGACAAAGAUGAAGAGGCGCUUCAUAGUUUUGAGCUGCCAAAGAACAUCAAAGGCGUAGGGCCGGACGUGACGCAAGAAACGCUGCUUCGGAGCAUUGCCACGGCACUGCACAUGAGUGCGCAGCCAAUCACGGGACAGACCAGCUCGCGAGCCGUGCUCGACAAGCAUCCUGGCAUUUACAUGAAUCCGGAUCAGCCCCUUGUGCAGGCCUUGAACGUAACAGACGACGACAUCCGAAGACAGGAGGAACAAGUUUUACAUGCAAGGAAGAAGUUGGAAGAAGCAUUGGCCAAUCUGCCUUCUUAAUGGCCGACAGGAAUAAGUUAUGUGCACCAAAAAAAAAUCUCGCAUUCUCUCGAAAAGGCUACCUAUGUGUCAUGGGUAUGAGCGAUGUCUCGCCUGGAUAUUUAUAAUCUUUUUUUAUUUCACGAGGCAUUUAUGAGGGGGAGAAUAAAAGAGAUGGUUGUA